GGCUCCAAGGAUGGGCUGCCUGAGGGGUCUGAGGAAGGCAGGGGUCAGUGUGGCUGGAGCCCGAGGAGCAAGAGGGGGAUGAGGAGGGCAGGAGGGGCUGGGGCAAGGCAGGCGGAGUGGGAUCACAGAGGGCCUUCAGCCGUUCCAGCAACUGGACUUUCACUCUGAAUGAGACCCUGUGCCACGUGAUGGCUUGGAGCACAGUGUCCGAAUGUGGCUUAUAUUUGCAGAGGCUCAGCUUGGCUGCUGUGUGCAGGAGGACAAAGUGUGGACCAUAGUGUCUCACAAUUUGCAGAUGCAGACCACAGUGGUGGGCUACAGCCCAGAAAAGUACUCUGUGACGCAGCUCGUGUACAGCGCCUCCAUGGACCAGAUCAGCGCCGUCACCAGCAGCGCCGAGCACUGUGAGCAGUACGUCUCCUAUUUCUGCAAGAUGUCGAGGUUGUUGAACACACCAGAUGGAAGCCCUUACACCUGGUGGGUCGGCAGAGCCAACGAGAAGCACUACUACUGGGGCGGCUCGGGGCCCGGAAUUCAGAAGUGCGCCUGCGGCAUCGAGCGGAACUGCACGGACCCCAAGUACUACUGUAACUGUGACGCGGAUUACAAGCAGUGGAGGAAGGACGCUGGCUUCUUAUCCUACAAAGACCACCUGCCAGUAAGCCAGGUGGUAGUUGGAGAUACUGACCGGCAAGGCUCAGAAGCCAAACUGAGCGUGGGCCCCCUGCGCUGCCAAGGAGACACUUUCAGAGUAACAUUAGAGAAAUUAUGUGAAGUUGCAGAGCGAGGGCAGAGAGGUUCUUCUGACUCAGUGCUGUUUCCUGCCCAGUGUGGACUCAUUACUAGGGAAGAAAACUUGCUGGAGAUGUAG